AUGUCCUUUCACAAAAAUACCCUGAGAACCACAAGUCUGGCAGCUCUGGAAACAACGUAUCUUAUACAGAUUGGAGUGGGCUACCUGGGCAAUGCAGCUCUGAAAACUACCUAUCUCUUACAGAUGGGAGUUGGGUCUCUGGUCAAUGUCAUCCUUUUCUUCCACAACAUCUCUCCACUCUUGUUUGGACACAAGCAGAGACCCACAGACAUGAUUCUCACCCACAUGGCCCUGGCCAAUCUCUUGGUUCUUCUCUCCUCUGGGAUCCCCCACACAAUGACAGCUUUUGUUUCAAGUAAGCCCCUAUCCAGUCUAGGGUGUAAACUUGUAUAUUACGUACACAGAAGAGUGGGUCGCGGUACCACCCUGUGCUCCACCUGCAUCCUGAGCACCUAUCAGGCCUUCACCCUCACCCCCAGGAGAGCAGAGUGGGUGAUGCUCAGAGGAAGGGCCCCCAAGGUCAUUGGUCCUUCCUGCUGCACCUGUUGGAUGCUCAGUCUCUUAACGUACAUCCUUGUUCCUCUGAAAAUCACUGGUCCUCGGGACACACACAGCUAUACUGAAACCUGGGGCAAGUGUUUCUGUUCCCCCUCAGCUCCUAAUGCAGGCUUUGUCUACCUGUGGUCCGUCUCUGAUGCCGUGUUUCUUACCCUCAUGGUCUGGUCCAGCGGCUCCAUGGUGCUUCUCCUGCUCAGACACCACCAGAGGGUGCAGUAUAUUCACACCCACACUGGACACCGCAGAUGCCCCCCGGAGACCAGAGCCGCCCGCACCGUCCUGAUGCUCAUGGUCACCUUUGUCGUCGUUUACAUACUGAAUUCCACUCUUUGUUUUUAUAUCACUGCUGCUUUAGAGUUUCGUCUGUGGUUGAUGCAGACUUCCGAUGUCUUGGCCUCAUGUUUUCCCGCCGUUUCCCCCUUCCUGCUGCUCCUGAGGGAGCCCAGAACGCCUGGGGUCUGCUCUGGGCUCGGCAGAAAUAAUGCUUAA